CGUCACAUUGUAUUCCUCGUUUCUAGAAACGGCACAAUAGCACCCUGUUUCAUACAUUUCGCACAUUUAAUUUAUUUCUGUCUAUUUCUGAAUUAAAAGAGAAACAGCUAUCUUUUUGUAAGUAAGGCGGCAUUUGAAGCUAGGUGGGGUUACGUUUGUAACGUUAUGAAAGCGCUAAAUAAGCUAAAAGGAAACAGUGGCGCUUUGUAACGUUAACGUUAGCUCUGUUAUUUACCUCACUAACGCAGCUAACAGCCUGAAACUUUCGCUCCAAAAUGAUGAACUAUUCCGACUACGACUCUGAUGGAUAUUCAUCCAAUGAAGACGCAGAUUAUGUCCCAUCAGAUGAUAACCUCAGUGAAGACGACAUUAAUGAGUGUGAAAAGGAAGACCCUCUUCACGAGGGAGACAGUGUGCCACAUCCUGACAAAGUCAUCAAGAAGAAGAGGAAGAAAAAUGAUCUCAGUAUGAGGAAGAGGAAGAAAGGAGCACUGAGAGUAGACAAGGAGGAGAAGGAUGACGGUGGGGAAGAAAAGGUGCAGCCGCCACAGGAAGAGGUGGAUAAUCUCACUGAGGUACAAGAGGAUGAGGAGGCAAAACAGAAGAAAAAAUCUGAUGACCUCUGGGCGAGUUUCCUGUCUGAUGUUGGCUGCAGACCCAAAGACCCCACACCUGUCUCACAGUCGAGUACCACGCAGAAGAAUGAUUCCUCAGUAUCGAAGGUUGCUCCUUUGAGCUCAGAAACAAAAGCAUCAGAACCUGCUAAAGUCACCAUCACUAAAGUCUUUGACUUCGCUGGAGAAGAAGUGAGGGUGAAUAAAGUGGUAUCAGCAGACUCCAAAGAAGCUAAGAGUUAUCUAAAGUGCCAGGACACCCAACAGGAGGAGAACGGAGACGAAGACGAGAGCUCGUCACCCACCAAACCGCCUCUCCCUGGCCCCAGUGCCAAGCGUCCAGCAGGCAUGUCAAGCAUCCUCGGUCGCAUCGGUGGAAAAAAACAGAAGAUGAGCACGUUGGAAAAAUCCAAGAUGGACUGGGACGCUUUUAAAUCGGAGGAGGGCAUCACUGAGGAGCUGGCCAUCCACAAUAGAGGCAGAGAGGGGUAUGUGGAGCGGAAGAACUUCUUGGAGCGCGUCGACCACCGUCAGUUUGAGUUAGAAAAGGCAGUGCGACAGAGCAACAUGAAACAAUGACACAGUCACACACACACACACACACACACACACACACACACACACACACACACACACACACACACACACACACACACAGAGUGGGACAGUGGAACAGAUGUGUGGACUUCCUGUGUGUUGCUUUCUCUCUCUCUAAUGACACAGUUGCCGUUCCUCCAGUGAAGUGAGCUCAGACUGGUGCUGUGGCUCGGGUCUAUUUCAGGACGGGGUUAUUAAUAGGCUGAGUUUGUGGAAUGAUGGGG